AUGUAUCAGGUCUGUUUAGAGCUCUUUGGUGUUCAAAGUCAAGUAGUGUGGACACCAUCAUCCUUUGAUAGUUUACCAUCGAUCGAUUAUCAAUAUGGAACAAAAGUUUUACGUGUCUUUUUACAAUGUUCUAACGGAUCAGAUUCAUUAGCUUUGCUCGGUGAAAAAUAUACAAAUACUUAUUUCAUGCAAUUAUCAAGUAAAUGUGCAUGUUAUGAUGGAUGUAAAACAACUCCAACAACGACAAGCACCAAAGUUAUAACAUCACUAUCGCCUUCAUCACCCGCACCAAUUACACAUUCUUGUUUUUAUACCGACUCUCAAAGAGGUACAAUUAAUAUAACAUCCAUCGGUAACAUAUACCAUUAUCCAGCAUUUAAAGAUUAUCAAUCAACAACAUUCAGUAAUUAUCGAUGGUCAUACAAUCCUUGUUUUUCAUUUAAUGAAUAUAAUUGUACAAAUGCUGCUGCUUGCCAAAUUAAUCCUGUUUCUCUUUCUGGCUCUGUUAUUGCUGAACAACAAACAGCUGAAUGGUAUAACACAGAUACCGAUCAUCCGGUAAUUUUAUAUACAACACAUAAAGGUAUGAGUACACAGAAAAUGUUGGUUGUUGAACUUGAAUGUAACAAUGAUGUGAACGCACCCCAUCAACUAGAAGUUAUUGGUCAGACAUCUCCAACUGUAUACAAAAUGAAACUAAAUUCACAUUGUGCUUAG